AUGCAUCCUUUCCUUCUGACCUACCCUGCGUUCCUCACUCCUUCAGUCUCAGCUUUCACCAAGAAACCAAAGACUCAGACGGCUGAGAUUGGGGCAACGGUCAUAUUUGAAGCAGAGACUGAGAAGACUGAUGUAAAAGUGAGAUGGCAGCGAGACUCCAAGGACAUUGCAUCCAGUUACAAAUACACCAUCUCAGCGGAGGGCAAUAUGCACUCUCUCACCAUAAACAAUAUAGUUCAGGAGGAUGCAGUGGGAUAUGCUGUUAUUGCUGGGGUGUCAAAGGUCAAAUUUGAAUUAAAGAUAAAAGAAUCAGAAGUGAAGGAAGCACAAAAAGCUGUAUCCCCAGACCCUGCCGUUGCAGAACCUAAGCCUGAAGAACCUAAAAAGGCUCCACCAGCACCUACUGGAAGCUCAGCCUCGGACACCAGUGGAACCGUGUCAGAUGGCUCAGCAACUGAAGGUCUGCUUGAGAGUCAUCAGCCUGACACAAGGCAGGACCUUACUGGUCUCUUCACUGAAAAGCCUCAAAGUGGGGAGGUAAAUGUAGGUGAGAACAUUACUUUUGUUGCUCGGGUGUGUGGUGAAUCUCUGCUGAAGAAGCCCACAGUAAAAUGGUUCAAAGGAAAGUGGAUGGAUCUGGCCAGCAAGUCAGGAAAGCACCUGCAACUCAAAGAGCACUAUGACCGCAACUCUAAGGUGUACACCUUCGAGAUGCAUAUCAUUGCAGCUAAAGCCAACUUUGCUGGAGCUUAUCGUUGUGAGGUCUCCUCUAGAGACAAGUUUGACAGCUGCAAUUUUGACCUGGUAGUACAUGAGGCACGUACAACAGAUGGGUUUGAUAUUCGCACUGCAUUUAGACGCACUAGCACAGAUGCAGGUGAAGACUCAGGAGAACUGGACUUCAGUGCUUUACUGAAAAAGAGAGAAGCUGUUCAUGUGAGCACAGAGCCUGAGGUAGACGUAUGGGAAAUCCUCCAGAAAGCUCCACCAUCAGAGUAUGAAAAGAUUGCCUUCCAGUAUGGAAUCACAGACCUGCGGGGGAUGCUUAAGAGACUCAAAAAAAUGAAAAAAGAAGAGAAGAAAAGUGCAGCAUUUCUGAGGAAGCUGGACCCAGCCUACCAAGUCGAAAAGGGACACAAGAUCAAACUGCAAAUUGAAGUGGCCAAUCCAGAUGCAGAGGUUAAAUGGCUAAAAAAUGGACAAGAGAUACACCCAACUGGAAGCAAGUACAUCUUUGAGAGUGUAGGCAACAAACGCUUCCUCACUAUCAACAACUGCACUCUGGCAGAUGAUGCUGCUUAUACGUGCAUGAUUGGAGAUGAGAAGACCGUCACUGAGCUCUUUGUUAAAGAGCCUCCUGUUCUGAUCGUACGUAACCUAGAGGAUCAGAUGGUUAUGAAGGGAGAACGAGUAGAGUUUGAGUGUGAAGUGUCUGAAGAGGGGGCUCAAGUCAAAUGGUACUUCAAAGAGAAACAGCUAGAGGUCUAUCAAAACAUUGCUGACCUGACGGUGAAGGCCAAAGACCAGGCUGUGUUCAAAUGUGAAGUUUCUGAUGAGAAUGUGAAAGGCAUCUGGUACAAAAAUGGAGUGGAGGUGAAACCUGAUGCCAGAACUCAUAUCACACACAUUGGCAGGAUUCAUAAACUGACCAUUGAUGAGGUAAAGCCAGAGGAUGAGGGUGACUACACCUUCGUUCCUGAGGGCUAUGCCUUCAAUCUCUCUGCCAAGCUCAACUUUUUAGAGGUCAAGAUUGACUUUGUUCCUCGCCAAGAUCCUCCCAAGAUUCAUCUGGACUGCAUGGGCCGCACCGCUGAGUCCACAAUCUUGGUUGUGGCUGGAAACAAACUGCGACUAGAUGUACCAAUUACUGGAGAUCCUGCCCCCACUGUGGUUUGGACAAAAGGAGAAAAGGGUAGCUUUAAGGAGGGAGAGUCGCGACCUGAACCAAGGCAUACAUGGACAGUGAAGAACGGUGAAGUGCUGACAGACUCAGAUGGGCGUGUCCAUGUGGAGAGUACCAAAGGCCAUUGUAUCUUUACCAUUGAGGGGGCGGAGCGUCAGGAUGAGGGCGUGUACUCUGUCAUUGUACGCAAUCCUGCUGGAGAGGAUACAGCUGACAUUAAUGUCAAAGUUGUUGAUGUGCCAGACCCACCUGAAGCUCCCAGAAUCCUUAGUGUCGGUGAAGAUUCAUGCAUUGUUCAAUGGGACCCCCCACUCUUUGAUGGUGGCCAGCCAGUCAUAGGGUACGUUCUUGAAAGGAAGAAGAAAAAGAGCUAUAGAUGGAUGAGACUCAAUUUUGAUCCUUAUAAAGAGACCACAUAUGAAGCCAAGAGAAUGAUUGAGGGUGUAGCCUACGAAAUGCGUGUUUACGCAGUAAACACCAUCGGCAUGUCACGCCCCAGUGCUGCCUCCCAACCAUUUGUGCCAGUUGCUCCGACCAGCGAGCCCACUGGCCUGUGUGUGGAUGACAUCAGCGAUACCACCAUCUCUCUGAAAUGGAGGGCUCCAGAGAGGAUAGGCUCAGCUGAACUCGAAGGCUAUGGGGUUGAGUACUGCAAAGAAGGCUCUGAUGAAUGGAUUCCUGCAUUUUCGGGUCUCACAGAAAGAACCACUGUGAUCGUCCAUGACCUGCCAACUGGAGAGAAGAUGCAGUUCCGCGUGAGGGCUUAUAACAUGGCAGGCCCAAGCCUUCCUGCCACAUUGCAACAAGCAGUCACCAUCCGUGAAAUCAUGCAGCGACCCAAAAUCUGGCUCCCCCGUAACCUCCGCCAGACACUCAUCAAGAAAGUAGGAGAAAUGAUUAACCUGGUAAUCCCCUUCCAGGGUAAACCACGACCUCAAGUGACCUGGACAAAGAACGACGAGCCUCUGGACCCUAAGCAGGUCAGCAUACGAAACAGCGACACUGAUACCAUCCUCUUCGUCAGGAGAUCUGAGAGAAAGGAUUCUGGGAAGUAUGAAGUUCAAGUGCAAAUUGAGAAUGUGGAGGACAGGGCCAGUGUGAAUAUACAGAUUGUUGACCUGCCAGGCCCACCCCAAAAUUUAAAGGUGAUAGAUGUUUGGGGCUUCAACGUUGCCCUGGAGUGGAAACCACCCAAGGAUAAUGGCAACUGUGACAUCACAGGCUACACCAUCCAGAAGGCUGAUAAGAAAACCAUGGAAUGGUACAACGUGUACGAGCAGUAUCGGCGCACUAACUGUGUGGUCUCAGACCUGAUCAUGGGGAAUGAGUACGUGUUUCGUGUGUAUGCCAUGAAUAUGGUGGGUCUGAGUCCAGAGCCUUGCCUCUCCAAAGACAGCGCCUACAUCCAGAAAACAGGCAUUGUGUACAAGCCUCCUUCCUACAAAGAGCAUGAUUUCUCUGAGGCCCCCAAGUUCACACAUCCUCUCGUGAGUCGCUCAGUUAUUGCUGGAUACAAUGCUACACUCAGCUGCUCCGUAAGAGGCAUCCCAAAGCCUAAAAUCACAUGGUACAAAAACAAGAUGGACAUUACAAAUGAGGCCAAGUACCGCAUGUUCAGCAAUCAGGGUGUGCUGACUCUGGAGAUCCGUAAGCCGUGUCCAUUUGAUGGAGGUGUGUACAUGUGUAAGGCGGUCAACGACAGCGGAGAAGACGUAGUAGAAUGCAAACUGGAAGUUCGCUCUCAAGUCACAAAAGAAGACAUCAAGAAAUGAGAGAGACGUAAUGGGUUUGGAGAAACUGUGACACUUGUCCUCUUUCUGUCUUCUGUCCUGAAACUGAUCCCAUGACAUGUCCGUGAUCAAAUGACAGAGCAAAGAAAUCUUUCAGCGGUUUUCUUCAUUUGCUUGUGCUCCCCAUUUCUCACUCACAUCCCACGGUCUGUGCUUAGGUGUGAUUUGCUUUUCUUUAUUGCUUGUGUUCAUUUAGUUUCAUUUCAUGUUGUAUUUAAGAUCUAUGCUGUAGGGCCUAGUGACUCAGUAUUUUCCUUCCACAUGUGAUGUUAUGCAAAACAUGCUAAAUAAAGCUAAGAGUUUUGUUGAUGC